AUGAAGAAUGGAAAACGAAGCGCUCUUUCAGAUCUCACAAAUUCAAGCCAUUUUUCAUCUUCAUCCGUUUCUUCAUCCGCCACCAUUGAACCACCAAUCAAGAACAAUCAAAUCAACAUUCGGAAAACCUGUUUAACUCCGCUUCAUGAUGUUAAGCCAUCAACCGUUCAUCGCACAAAGAAUCAAAACAACACUGUAGCACUUCCUAUGACGUUAACAGUUCCAUGUAAAAAGAAGCAACGUGUUGUUGUUGUGUCCCGUGAACAAGAGGAUCUGGAAGAUUACAUUGAGAAACAGAAGGCGUAUUUUAAACAGAUCGAUGAAUAUGAACUCGAAGAAGAGGAGGUUGAAGAAUAUAUUGAUGAGUGA